GGCCAAACGACAUCGUUUUUGUUUCGCGACUCAAAAUCUUUAUUUUCUCCUCGAAACGAGCGAUAACCCUGAACAGUCCCAUUGUUUCACAUAAAUGGUGGUGGUGGAUUCAGAUUCAACCAUAGCCAAGGAAGAAGAAGAAGUGGCAGAGCCUCUGCCCCGGACACCGGUAGCACUAUCCAUCAGUCUAAUACAGCGGGAGAAAACCCAGUGCCACUACGCUACCUCCGCAGUUCCACCACCUCCAAACAUUCCCUGGUCAAUGGUUGCCAUCAGAGAUUACGGAGAUGAUAAUAAUAACUCAACGAUCAUCUUCCCUCCAAUCAACCACGAGAACCUUCAGAUUUCUAAAGAAAUACUGCAGGUUCACGGCGAGUUAUCAAUAACAUCACCCCCAUGCAAUGACGAAAAUUCCGAGUCCGAUUCCGAUUCAAACUCAAACUCGUCGGCCACGUUUUCUCCGUCCGAUUCCAGUGCAGUGAGUGCAUCUCCUUCUAUACUAAGACCAAAGGCUAGGUCGGCGGCUGAUAUCGCACUAUGGUUCGAUUCAAUGGUGGAAAUACUGCGGUCCAAGGUGAAUAACACCGCGAGACUCAUCUGGAGUAAUUUGGCUUCAACGUUGAAGUCCUCGUUGACUUUCCGUUACGCCACAAUGGUGGCGAUGCUGCUACUGUUUCUAUAUUUCCGGCGGAGGAGGAUAUUUAGGGCGCAGGAAGGCAGUGUGAAUCAGCUUAUUCGCGUUGUGAAAGAGAAAGAUGAGAAAAUCAAUAAACUAUUGGAUCAAAUUACAGAGAUGAAUCGAGCUUUGCUAUCCUUUCAAAAGAGUUCCCAGUAGGUCUUGCACUUAGCCAAUCAAUGCAUUGGCCUAAUUGUUCGUAUGACUCAACAUGGAUGCUCAAUUUUUUGCUGUUGUGCCAUUGCAUAGUCUAUAAAAGCCUUUUGCUUGGUCAUGCUAUUGCUCUUCAUAAUUUGGAGAA